GCUAUGUAGAGCAAAGAAGAAGAACCGGAGCAACUCCGUCGCAUGACGUCAAUCUACAAUAACAAGAAAACGGGAAAAGGCUGAAUAACAAUACCUCAAUAAAAACAACAACAACACACACAUACACACGUUGCCUGGGUCUAUUUGACGGGUGUCUGCUUUGAAUCCCGACUCUUAUUGGGUGAGACAAACAUGAGCACCUUUAGGCAACCCGUUCAACACCGGACAUCAUCCAUCACCAGGGUAACACACCAUGCCACAUCAAAACAGGAUUUGGAACGAGAUUCGGGAUUCUCAGAUGCCAGCUCUGAGUACCUGAGUGCAGUUGAUGGGACUGACUCCGAGGAUGCAGGCAGGAGAAGGUCCACGGUCAGCCAGGACACGGCCGGACUGCAGCUUGCCGUGAUGGGAGGCUCCUACGCUGGACUUUCCCCGAUGCUCAUUAUGAAUAAUUUUGUCCUCAAUCAGCCAUCGCAAGUGACUCCAGCUGAGAAACAGUGGGGCUUCCCCUCAUCUCUUGAUGUCAUGCCUCAAUCUCAAAUGCUUCUCCUUCAACCUAUGAUGUCACCAAAAACAACCCCUGAAAAUCUCCCGCAGUCCAAAAUGUCCACCCUCAGGACCUACCCCAGAAUCGCCCCGAUCCCAGCGGACACACCCUCAAAGAGGUCAGGAUCUUCUAGAAUGAGGGGAAAUUCAUCUUGGGCUUACAACCAGCGACACAGAAAACAUGGCAACAGGCAGCACGCCACCCCCACCCCUGAACCUCGGGUUCCCAGCAAAUCCGCCUUGUCCAAGUUUGACGUAUCAAACAACCAAAGCCCUGUGCCAUCAGAGAGCUCAGAGCUUCUUCAUGAGAAGUGUCUUUCCUCAGUGACAGGGACCUCCGUCCCCCCCAGCACAUACCACUCUAGGAUCGACCUGGACGACAACCAGCUGUGUCCUGACAUUAACUCGGACGGCUUCUUGGCAGAGAGCAAUAAAUCGAAGCGUUUCAGCAAUACUUACAACAUCUUGAGCAACUCCGGCCUGUUGGGCAUCACCUUGCGCACCAAGCAGCUGAUCAAGGACAACAAGCGCACCCAAAGUCAACUGCAGCUUCUUCAGGAGCAUACGGCGCUCCUGCUGGAAGCGCUGGGAAGUGGAGACCCUCAGUUGUGGACUAAACUCCAGCUCUGUCUGCAGGACUUUAAAAAGUAAUGCUACAUGGCUAGCAUUUGCUAAUGUGAGGAGCCAGAAUGUCACCAGCCUUUUAUGUACGCUUUCAAUUGUAUUUAUUUUGUUACUGCUGUAUUUGUGCUAUUUUUUUUUUUUUACGCUUGUUUUUUAACGUAAUGACAUCAUCAUACUAUUAUAGCUAAAAAGCAUAUCAGACUGUGCACUUUAGAAUCUUGCUAUCUGCUUGCUUUUUUUAAUAUGUAAAACCGAAUGGCUAACUGUGCCUUUCGUAUGUGUGUGCUUACGUUAGAGCUUGAAUUAGUGUCAUAGUUCGUCAAAAAGUAAACAUCAAGCCAUACGGUACAUGGGUGAGUUUUAAUGGCAAGUUGUAAUAUUAUACAGUAUUUUGUUUAUUUAGACAGUCAGUCGUAUUAAGAUGGUGUCUGUCCUGUUUUUAAUAGAAACAAAUUGUACCUUUCUUUUUGUGAAGCGUGCCUCUUGUUCGAAAGUCACCUUGACCAUUGGUCAUAAAACUUGGUUUGAAAAGUCA